CGUCAGGCUCUCGAUCCAUCACUUCGAAGCCGAACUAUCCUUGGAGCAAAAGCUCUCGGUAAGCGAUGGAGUUGCUCUGUUCUCGUCAAAUCCACCAUAAAACGAUGCAAUCUACGACUACCGGAGGAUUUUCGUUUGACAACUAUGAUUUGCCAUAUGUGGUUGGAACAGCUAGAGGAAUGCAGAUGAUGUGCUGCAUCAUACAGCUGCUGAUGAUCUAUUCUGAAUCGGCAAAUCUGAGCAUGUUUUGGUUCUUAUUAUAUUCUGUUCUGUGCGCGUACAAUCUGUUUCAUCUAUCCAAGCGCUGGUAUUACAAUAUAGAUGGACGCUAUGAUCUAAAACAGUUCAUCAGGGAAAGCGAACCAACCAUUCGAGUUCAAUAUGGUGCAGCGAUACUUACCCCGACCAUCUUGGGACUGAUCAUCUUCUGCACUAUCGAAUUGCAAAAUGGACUGGUUCACUCAAUAUUCAAGUUGGCUACCAUCGCACAGUUGCUGCUUGCAAUCGGUCAGCUUACGCUCGAAUUCUAUGAAGUCUAUGUCAAAGGAAACUAACUAACUGUCAAAAUAGCAUGUGAAAUGCAAGAAAUAAACAGAUUAAUUAAUGUGUGCUUGUGCAAGAUCAUUGCGCUAUGCAGUAUCAUGUCGAGUAAUAAAU